UGCCCCGACGCGUGUCUUGAUGUCUAUAGCCCGGUCACGGACGAGAAUGGCGUGACGUAUCCGAACGAGUGCUCCAUGCAGGCGGCCAAGUGCAAGGGCGAGAAGAAGGACGAGAACAUUCUGGACGAGUACAAGCGCAUCUACGGAAAGUCCUUCGGCGCCUCGCGCGGCGUCGACGACGACAGCAACACGGACGACUCCGCCAGCGACGAGUCUGACAGUAACGAGAGAAAGGUCACGGACGGAAGUGCCCCCAAGUCAUACUGCCCCAACAUCCUGUGCCCCGCCGUGUACCAGCCCGUUUCCGACGAGAACGGCAAGAUGUACCCCAACAAGUGCGCCAUGGAGGCUGCCAAGUGCAAGGGCCCCCGUGAGAACGUUCUGGCCAAGUACAAGCGCAUUUACGGCCGCUCGUUUGGAGCUUCGCGUGACACUGGCGACGAGGCCGACGAUGAGGACGACGACGCUGCUACCAAGUCCGAGAAAUCGGAGAAGUCGGAGAAGAGCUCCAAGUCCGAGAAGAGCUCCAAGUCGGAGAAGAAGUCGCACGCCAACGGCAGCACUAUCGGCCAGCUGUACGACGACAACUCCGACGCCGGCACCAUUGGCGGUGACAAGCCCAAGCCCAGCAAGAAGUGCGCGGACGCGUGCCCGGACAUCAUGAACCCUGUCUGCGGCUCGGACGGCAUCAAGUACUCGAAUCCGUGCGAGCUCAAGAUCGCUGCGUGCAAGCACCCGGGCCAAAACAUCGUGGAGGACGAGUCCGCGUGCUCC